CGUCAAAAUUAAAUAUUUAUUUCAAAAUUGAUUAAAACCAUGUUACUUCUUUGGAUAAUCUUUUUAAAUUUCUAUUUAAGUAUUCACUCCGAAGAGUACAUCGAAAAUUAUCUCGGUACGAAAUCUGCUUAUCGAUACGUUGCGAAUCUAAAUAAUUUCGAAAACCACGAUCAAGAAGGAUGUGCGACUAAAAUUUGGAUGUUUGUAAGACAUGGAACGCGAUAUCCUGGAAUUUCGGAUAUUAAAGUAAUGCGAGAGCAUCUUCCUAAGUUGCAAGAUGAAAUUAUACGUGUUAAUGAAGAUGAAUCAUUAAAAAUUGAUCAUCGGUUAUCAAAAUCCGAUUUGUUAUUGUUUAAAAAGUGGUAUCCUCGCGUGGAGGAGUACGAGGCGAAAAUGUUAACUGUUGAGGGUGAAAAGGAGAUGGUUGAGUUAGCCGAGAGGAUGCAAUGGAGGUUUCCAAACUUGUUAAAACCUUUUUAUAGCAACACAUCUUAUGUGUUUAAACACACUAAAACUCAAAGAACUAAAGAAAGUGGGAAAUAUUUUGCAACUGGUUUGUUUGGGAAGAGUGUUCAUGGAGGUGGUUAUUAUCCGAUAGCUGUAAAAAGGAAUUCUAUAUUAAGGUUUUAUAAGUUAUGUAAAAAGUGGAUUAUUUCUGUGAAAAAAAAUGCUCAAACUUACAGUGAAAGAAAUAAUUUUUAUGAUACGGAAAUUAUGAGGGAAGCUUUGGAUAAAGUAUCGAGUAAACUUGGAUUAGAUAAAUUAACUGUAUCCGAUUUACACUCAAUGUACGUAACCUGUGCUUUUGAAAGCUCUUGGAGUAAUCGUAGAAGAUCUCCAUGGUGUAUUCCUUUUGAUAUAGAAACAAUAAAAGUUUUAGAAUAUGCUGAAGAUUUAAAAUAUUAUUGGGUGGAUGGAUACGGAUAUGAUUUAACAUGUAAUCAAGCAUGUCCCGCUUUUAAUGAUAUGUUUAAUUUUAUUAACAGUGAAGAAAAAUACCCAAAUGCUUUAUUUUAUUUCACUCACUCAGGUUCAUUACUAAAAAUGUUAUGCCAUUUGGGGAUUUAUCGCGAUCAUAAUCAGUUAUUGGCGAAUAAUUUUGAAGAGAACAAGAACCGGCAAUGGAAAGUUAGCAAAAUUGAUCCAUUUGGAAAUAAUUUAGCUUUUAUACUUUAUACAUGUAAUGGGACCAAAAAAGUUUUAACAAUGCAUAAUGAGAAUAUCAUUCGGCUUCCGGCUUGUCCAAAAAGUGAUUUUUGCGAUGUAAAAACGAUUGAAGAUUAUUAUAAAAAUAGUUUAACGUGUGGUUUCGAUGAAAUGUGCGAAAAUAACUUAAUUAAUAUUACAUCUAGUUAAUGUAAUAAAUUAAUAUGUCAAAAAGAAUGUCGGUAAAAAAGAUUUCUGUAAUAUAUUAAAAUAUUUUUAAUUUUCUCAAAAGUAAUGAGGUGAUUAAUCGUUUUUAUAUUGAACAUAAUUAAGAUUUA